GGUUAUAGUUCCUUCCGUCAAAUACGGAAAAGAUGCAGUCGCCAUUUUACAUCGUCGAUUUUUACGUCGUGUGUGUGCACUGCAGUUACUUUGCGAGUUGAAUUCUUACUACGUGGGCGUAAAACAUUUAGUGGCAUAUUUUUAUUAAUUUUUAAUUGGUAAAAGUUGAUAAGAGAAUAUGGGACGCAAAAAGAAGAAGCAAUCAAGACCGUGGUGCUGGUAUUGUAAUAGAGAAUUUGAAGAUGAAAAGAUUCUUAUACAACACCAGAAAGCAAAACAUUUCAAAUGCCACAUAUGUCAUAAGAAGCUUUAUACGGGACCAGGACUUAGUAUACAUUGUAUGCAGGUACAUAAAGAAGCGAUAGACAAGGUACCUAAUUCUUUGCCGAAUCGAAGCAAUAUUGAAAUAGAAAUUUAUGGUAUGGAAGGCAUACCACCAAACGAUGCAAAAGAACAUGAAAGACAGAGGAAUGGAGGUAGACCUGGUUCACCAAGUUCUGGUGAAGAUGAACCAGUUCGAAAAAAAGCAAAACCAGAAGGUUUAUUAGGUUCUGCACCAGGAGCAAUGCCUACAGGUUCCAACAUGAUGCCAGGUGUAAUGCCAGGUAUGGCAGCUCAUCCUGGUAUGCCACCAAUGGGAUCGUUCCCACCACCCAUGCAUCAUAUGAUGGGACCUAUGGGUCCUGUAGGUCCACCUUUCAUGGGUCCUGGUAUGAUGCCUGGAAUGCCGGGUAUGCCUCCAGGUAUACAACCACCAGUAUCUGGUGCAUCCAUACCACCAACACGACCAUUAUUUCCAAGUGCUGCAGCUGUUUCAACAACUGCGUCUACAUCUGUGACUUCUCCUUUGGGUACAGAUUUUAAACCAAUUACGUCAGUGGCUGGUGGAUCUAUAGGACCUGUGAAGCCAACAUUCCCUGCAUAUAGUAAUACAGAUAAUAGUACCACUACUAACAAUAAUAUUGGUAGUGAUCAAAAAGUAAAUCUUAUAGCCACUACUAGUGCUGCCAUUAAAAUUAUUCAUCCGCCAGAAGAUCUCAGCCUAGAGGAAAUUAGAGCAAGACUUCCAAAAUACCAGCGGCGACAAACGCAAGAAACUCGAACUGUGCAAACUGCUGAUGCCAAUCAGCAAGCUGCUGCAUUACAACAGCAGCAGCAACAGCAACAACAGCAGCAACAGCAACAACAAGCUGCUGUUGCUAAUGCAGCUGCUGCAUUUCAGGAUCAGCAACAGCGACAACAAGCGGCAUUAAAUGCACUUCAGCAGCAACAGCAGAGAUUUCAGCGACCUCCACAAGCAGUAAUGGUUCCUGCAUCUGCAGCAAUGCCUGUUAGUUCCGUUGCACUGAUGGCACCGCUUAUGCGGCCCACUAUGACCCUAGCUGCACCUGCUCUGAUUCAUGGAGGUAACAUGAUGCGACCGCCCCCCAUGGGCCUACCACCAGGGCGCCCAGUCACUCCUUGGUGAGUGUUGAACGAACCCAGUCUGGUUACUAAAACCGUGUAUUAUACAAACGCAACAAGGUGGGUCGAGCGGCCAACGAUAUUGCAUCUGUUCUGAUUCCUUCAACGCCGGACAGCAACACUUUAAUUUUGGACACACGACUAUUUGGACGUGAAAUGCCUCUUCUUGAAACUAGUGUACUCGGUAUCAGAAGCACGAUCACACUAGAUUUAUGGUUAAAAGCAGGCAUAUGUGUAUAAUAUACAUACAUAUACAUAUGCCUGCUUUUCAACUACGAUAGAGAAAUACGCGUUAUAUAUAUACAUAUAUAUUCAUCGAUCGGUAAAAGCAAUGUGAAAUUAAUUCGAUUUUCGGCCGCUCGGCUGGUUCAUCGUACAUACAAUUUUUUUUUCUUUUCUGUUCCACUAGCUUCAUUAUUCACUAUCUCGACUUAACCAUAUUCUUCUUAGGACUCACUUGCCAUUAUCUCGCCAACCGUGUUUUAUCAUCCUACCUUCUCAUGUUUAUAUAUGAAAUCCUGGUGUUGUGAUAUAGUAGUGAAAAAACCGCUUUUUGGGCACGGUACUGACAGUCGUUCGAAGUUGUUAUUCUAAGUAAAAGAUAAGGAAAACAAGAAAGGGGGAAAAAGCAGAAAAAACAAAAAGCUGAUGCAUAAUUUUGAUGAUAAUAACUAUUCCUUCCUUCUUUAUAUUUCUUCAAGGGCUUCAAAUUUUUUUAGUUUCAGAUUAAAAGUAAAAUAUGAAUUGCUACUUCGAUGGUUCUAUAUUAUUUAUUAUUAUAUCAGCAUUGUUGAUAUCAACAAAUUUGUUCUUCUAUAUCGUUUUUCACAAAAACUUCUCUUACCUUUUUAAACAAAUUUUUUAGAUGAAAUAUAUAUGAAGUAUAUUACAACAAAAAAAGACGAAGGAAGGGAUCAUUUGUUAUUGUCACUGUUUUUCUUGUUGUUGCGUGUAUUAUAAUAGAAAAGAGACACAACAAGAACGAACGUAAUGUAUCUCCCUCACACCAUAGCCUACCUUUUGUGUCACACAGAUGAUCUUAGAUAUUCGAAGUCAAGUUACAGUAAGUAAAUAAUUUCACGUUAUCCAAUAUAUACAAAAGUAUAACUCGUACAUAAACCUAAAUGCAGCUGUUUCUUAUACGUAUAUCAAAUGAUAGACGAUGAUGAGACAGUCUAAUUUAAUUGACGAAUAAGGGGAUUUCAAUUUUUUCGGAGUUAUAUCACGUAAGAGUGAAUACUGUUGAUUAGAAUGAAAUUAUAAGCAAAACAAAUUUCUGAAAAAUAUAAAUUUGAAUUUGAAUAAUACAAAAAGACUUAUUAUGUACAGGGUGUCUACGAAAUAUACAAAAAAAUGUAAGAACGUUUUUUUAUUGUUCCUUUUUCGUAGAUUAUGAUGUAUAUAAUAAAUUUUUCGUUUAAAGUUCUCAAGGUUAUUUGGAGCUCGUUUUGCAUUUUUUAAAUGGACCGCCAUAUGCCAUACGAUAAAAGAGCAAAAGUCAAAUUCAAAACGCUUUCAUGUGGUUUUGAAUCAAUGGAAAGUCACAAUGGAGAUGAUAUUGUAGAAACGGACAAGUUUGACUUUUUAUUUACUUUGUUUCUGCGCAAGAAUAACUAUUUGUUGUGACAUAUUUGCACACGCACCCGUAAUUCGACGCUUCAUAUUUUUCAUGUAUCCACAAUAUAUUCUCACAAAAAAAUCUAAGGUAUUAAGCCCGGUCAUCUCGCAGGCCAAUUAUUGUGUUCUAUUACAUCCAGUCCACAGCUUGGGAACUUGUGUAGCUAGAUUCAUAAUUUUAAAGCGAUGCGAAUGUAACGAAUGUUGUCACAACAGAUUGGAAAUUAUUGUAAAAAUUUUUGGACCAGUUUAUAGUUACUUCGCUUUCGCUUAAAGUAAAUGAUUUUCCACGUGUUAGAAUAAAUGUAUCCAACAUAAAUAGUUGCUUUUCGUUUUCAAACAUAAUACUGCUGUAUUUAAUAAGUGAUGUGCAAAUUUUGAACGUACAAUGCAAACAAAGGGAGUGAAAGAUGAAAAAAAACUCUAUCCUUGUCUGUUCCAACAUUUUUUCUAUUACGACCUUACAUUCAUUCAAGAUCAUUUGAAAGUAGCGUUUUGAAUUCAUUGUGUUUUACUCUUUUAUCAUAUGAAAACAGAAGUAUGACAUCCCAUUUAAAAAAUGCAAAAUGUCCUUAAAAUAAUUUUGGAAAUUUUAAACGAAAACUUGUUUAUUUAAAUCGUCAUAACCCAUGUGAAAAACAAUACAAAAAAUUUACAUCUUUUCAUGUCAUCUACCGUUUGGCUGUUAUUUCAAAUGGCAGAGAUUUGUAGUCACCCUAUAUAUAUAUAUAAAAUAUACAAAGUAAAAUAUACAACAUGCAUUCACAUUAUUACAAUUCUUUGAAAUUAAUAAAAGUUAUACUUAAAAUUACUGUAGAAAAGAAAAAUUAUCGUUUAAUAUCUAUUUUAUCAUCCUGUAUUUAUUCGUAGAUGCUUUUUUAUCAUAUCUAGUGGCUGAAAGUUCGGCUGGCAGCCGAGCGAUUCGCUUAAAUUAUGAAAACUGUAAUCGUCAAGUGAAACUUCUCGUUUAUGGUGUGAGGUUUUACGUGGUAUCACUUUUAGGAUUUUGUUGUGACUUGUAUUGCAUAUGCGGCACAUUGCAUGCUGAGCUCGAUUCCUCAUAUAGUUUGACCAUUUGCAUUGAUAAAAUGUUAGAUAGACGUAGGUGUGCUGCAAAUAAUAAACCCUUCUGGGUAUAUAAUGUAGUUCUAGAAAACUUGAGACUAUAUGAUUUGAUCAUUUUGCAAAAGAGUACGUAUCGGACAAAUACAAGUUAAUUCAAGGACAAUACCACUUGGUAUUUUAAACUCUCUUUCUGUUUGUUUUACCUUGGGUUCUAUUUUGAAAAUUUGUCUAACAAUUUAACCUAAAUUUGAAUUUAUCGUCGAAAUCUUUUGAUUUAUUAAGAAAUUUGUUUGCGAAUGUUGUGCGACGAAGUGCUAUCGACCGGCUGUCAGACAACUUUCCGUCCAGAAGGAUAACAAUUCUUCUAGAUUAAUUCAAAAUGCAUUGAAAGAAAUAAGAUUAGAACGUAUCUUAAUUAAUAUAUAUAUAUAUAUAAUUUUUAUUGAAAAAAGAUAACGUUAAUAAAUCGAUGGUUAAAUUUGAAAGUAUCUUUUACAAAUUUCGUAACUAUCUUGCGAGAUAUACUUUUCUACCGAAUGACGAGGCGCGAUCUCUAAAAAGAAAUCUCUAGAAAUAAAUAUAAAAUUUUAACCGAAUUUGAGAAAGAAGAUGGAGUAUAAAGAGAGGAGAAGAAUGUGUGCGUUCGUAACAUACGCGCAUGCGCGUGCGCUUACGCAUAGAUACACAGACUCACAUGUAAUUUCAUUUUAUUUAUAUUUGACGAGUAUUCUCCCAACGUAAGUAUCAUAAGAAGAUUUUUACAGAUUGUUGAAAACCUGUGAUAUAAGAGAUGUAAAAAAAAAAGGAAUGGCAGAGAGAAAUGAUAGAAUUAUCAGGGAUAUAUGAAAUUGACGAUGAAAUUAUCGUUUACAGGAAUGAUCGGAGCUUUGCCGCCAGGAGCGAUGCAUCCGGCAUUCGCAGCUCCAAUGGGGUUUCCUGGUGCACCAAUGUUAGCUCCGAUGAUGCAUCCACGCUUCAGAUGAUCACCUCCUAUGGACGGGCCCACUCCGCCAUUGCACUUCGUGCUCUGGGCCCGCCCCUAAAUUUUAUUAGGGUCCGGACCUGACUGAGAAGAAGAGACAAGCACGCGUAAAACACGUUAGCUCACGUGGGCACACUUCGUUGAUCGGCCGCGGCUGCACUUGACGCAUCCCCUCCUACGAAGUUUACACGAAAGAAACGGAAAUCGGGCACGUAAACGUAUUACGAAAGUGUGGCGAAGACGGUGCAAGAGGAGGCUGCAAACUAAAGCCAUGGGGGAGAUAUUUUCUCCUUACUGUAUGUUGACGAUAAUAGAGAUUAUGAAUUAUUGUACAAAGUUAAUUGUAAUUCAGUUGGUUUAACUGUGAAAAUACGAAUUCGUCUAAAUCACUUUUUUCACUUCCUAAAGGUUCAUCACCUCAGUAGGCACCCUGUUUGUCUAUUCUUUCUCUCGACUUCUAUCAUUACUUCGAGAAAAAUUAUGAAACAGCAUACCGCGCCGUACAACACGUGUACGUACCUAAAACAACUACGCAUCGUUAUGAAUAUACUUCAUUUUCAGGGGUUGUCUUUCCGAAUCGUGUCUUUCCGCUCUGCUGUCGUUUCAUCGGAAUCAGAGGUGAUCUACCGUGUCUACUUUUAACAGGCCGAUAGAAUUCAGUGCUGCGGAAACACUCCCAGCCUCGAAAAUCGUUUCACGUCUCUCGAGGCUGUUCAACUACGGCCAGACAUUGUUUCUUUUAUUUCGUUUUGAUUGUGAGAUUCGGCAGGACAAUCUGACGACAGAAUUGGACAUGUAGAAGUUCUGUUAUUUAUUGAGUGUCACAUUAUCAACUUGUUCCGAAUAAAGACGUUCUGUGGAAA